AUGAGCAAUAUGACAGAUAUAGACAUAGAAGCUGGAAUAUCUGAGGACAUUUUAACUGUUUUUGAACCAAAUGAACAAUCAAAGUACAUAAAACCAGUUGGUUCGGACAUUAUAGAGAAAGAAGUAAAAGUUGAACAUUCCUUAGAUUCAUCAUCGACAAAUGAAGUCCGAAUGACCGAUGAACAGCUAGAGACACAAUUUAAUUACACACUUUUUAAAAAAUCAAUUUCAAUUUCUAACAAGGCUGCAUUAAAUACAACACAUUUGCAACAUAUAACUGUUGGCUAUCCGUAUUAUUGCUUUACGUCUAUAUUUGUUUUUGAGUUGACCUUUCGGACUUUUUAUCUACUCAUAUGGUUUAAUAAUAAACGCAUAUGUUUAGAGAGUUUUGUUGAUCGUUUAGUAACAUUUAUCGGUGGAUUGGAAUAUCUUGCAUUGAUUUCAUUCAAUCGCAUGUCUCCUUCGUGGUCUAUGUCACGAGCUCUUUCUUGCAUACUCGGACAUAUUAUUAUUGGCAUUCUGCUUGAUGCAAUAUUUUUGGCUCAAAUUUAUAGUGGUUCUAAGGAAAGCAAUGACUUCCGCUACGGAACGCUUGAGGAAAAAUGUAGAAGAUCAGUUAAAAGACGUGUUCCGGAAGGCGAAAAAGAUUCUGAAAAUGAAAGUGAAUGUGAUGAAGGCGACGAUGAAAUUGGUUCUCCACUGCCCUUUAACAUUGAUGAGCUUGACGGCUUGGUACAAGUACAAGCAAAACCAGCAAAUCUAAAAGCGUUGAGAACAAUAGAACAGAUUGCGAAGAGACUGGCCGAAAAUAUUAUUUCAAAAAGUCAUGAGAGCAUGGACAUGGAUGAUGCAAAGACAUAUACGUCAGAUUUGUUAAUGCAACUACAACCGCAAGUGCCUGGAGUAGGCGCAUCGGCUGAAUGGAAUAUUUUGUGGCUUUUGUUUUCGC